GGUAUCGCUGCUCUUGGUUGUGCCGACCGGUAGUGCGGGACCGUGGGUCGCGGACGCUUGCUGCUGGCUGCCGUUCAGACCAGCGCUGCCGAGGCCCGUCAGCCCCGAGCCUCCACCAUGGACUUCGAGGACGAUUUCACACACACUGCUUGCAGGAAUACUUAUCAGGGCUUUAAUGGAAUGGAUCGUGAUUAUGGCCCUGGAUCUUAUGGAGGGAUGGACCGUGACUAUGGCCAUGGAUCGUAUGGGGGUCAAAGAUCCAUGGAUUCCUACCUAAACCAGUCAUAUGGCAUGGACAAUCACAAUGGUGGUGGUGGGGGUAGCAGGUUUGGACCUUAUGAGUCUUACGACUCCAGGUCUUCUCUGGGUGGGCGAGAUCUGUACAGAUCUGGCUAUGGUUUUAAUGAACCCGAACAAAGCCGCUUCGGAGGUAGUUAUGGUGGUCGAUUUGAGAGCUCCUACCGGAAUAGCCUUGACUCUUUCGGAGGUAGAAACCAGGGCGGGUCUAGCUGGGAAGCACCUUACUCCCGUUCAAAAUUGAGGCCUGGGUUUGUGGAGGACAGAGGAAGAGAGAAUUACUCUUCCUACAGCAGUUUUUCUUCACCCCAUAUGAAGCCUGCACCUGUAGGCUCUCGGGGGAGAGGAACGCCUGCUUAUCCUGAAAGUACGUUUGGAAGCAGAAACUAUGAUGCUUUUGGAGGACCAUCAACAGGCAGAGGCCGAGGCCGAGGACAUAUGGGUGAUUUUGGAAGCAUUCAUAGACCUGGCAUUGUUGUUGACUACCAAAACAAACCCACCAAUGUGACAGUUGCUACUGCAAGAGGACUAAAGAGAAAAAUGAUGCAACCAUUUAAUAAGCCUGGUGGAACUUUUAUCAAGAAACCUAAGCUAGCAAAACCUAUGGAGAAGAUGAGCCUCAGCAAAUCACCUACAAAAACUGAUUCUAAAAAUGAAGAAGAAGAAAAGCGAAGAAUUGAGGCUCGGCGAGAGAAACAAAGGCGUAGAAGAGAAAAAAACAGUGAGAAAUAUGGAGAUGGAUACAGAAUGGCAUUCACAUGCUCAUUUUGUAAAUUUCGAACAUUUGAAGAAAAAGAUAUUGAACUGCAUCUGGAAAGUUCUUCACAUCAGGAAACAUUAGAUCAUAUUCAGAAACAAACCAAAUUUGAUAAAAUAGUUAUGGAGUUUUUGCAUGAAUGUAUGGUGAAUAAAUUUAAAAAAACAUCUAUUCGUAAGCAACAGACAAAUAAUCAAACAGAAGUUAAGAUAAUUGAAAAAGAUGUUAUGGAAGGUGAGUAUUUAGACACAUUGUUUUACAAAUUUACAUGUAUACUAUAUGUGUCCUAACCUGUUUGAAUAUAAAUGAUA